GUUUUGAACGCCGUGCAUUGGUACACGUAGAAUCGAUGAGCACCAACGAUGACAUGCCGCUUUUAUCAAGUGCUACCCUCGCGACGCAGCGAACAGCAGAUGUUGCCGCGAUCAAGAAUGCGCUGAACGAGCUGCACAACGGCAUUUUCGGUUCUGUGCCACCAGCAGAUGCAACUCAUGAAACUCUAUUGCGUCAGAUCAGCGGCGCACGCUCCGUACUCAACAAGGUGGCAGUGACUUCGAGAACCGGCCUCGACACUGAGCGUUUGUUGCUUGACGCUGUCUUGACUCUGGGCGAGAUGCUUGCAAGUGCCGCUGCGGGACAGAGGAUACGCAGCAAGGUUGUCAAGAGACUGGAGGACGUUGUGCUCCCGGUCUUGUUCAUACGCAGUAACGUUACACCUCAGCUGCUCAAGACGCACGCACUAAAGACCCCAUGGGCGGUAUUUGAGACGGCGCGUCAACGGCCAAAUGACGAAGUGGAGAAAAUGGAACUUACAUUUGCGUCGUGGAAGGCGAACCACGGGUGGGGCUUCCCUACGCGCAAAGAGCGCUGUCACGUGGCUAGCGAAGCCAUCGCCCCUGCGUCCGUAACCACGAAGGUAAUCGUAGAAAUGAAGCAGGCUAGCCGAGUUGGAGGCACCCCAGAUCAGCAGCGACCAGUACUGCGAGAUAUUGCAUGGAACGCAGCAUUACGGAGAACCGCUGGCGCUGGCAUUCCGUCGUAUCUGUUGACGAAGCGUCGCCGUGUGGAUGGCCAUCCUUCUAGCACCUGCAACGCUUCGCUUCCUCCCGACGUGUCUCGCGUUGUCACAGCUCCUUCUCACAUCCCGCACGCAACCAUAGAUCCUAUUGACGAUUCAACCGGCUCGAUUGUUCUUGCUUUGAAGUCCCCGGUCAGGCGUCGAAGAUUAGAUAUAAACUUGGGCAUUCCCCCUUCCCCGGAUCGACCGAGGAGAUGUCUUUGA